AUGGCAGCGGAACCAGGCUCUCAGAUUCCACGCUUUCGUGUGGGCAACGCGACCAUUUCAAAUAAAAGGUGGCUCGAGAACUUUGCCGCCCUGAAAGAGGAGACAUUUACGACGACUCUGCCCACGACAACGAAUGAUGACCCAAACUUUUUUUUGGAGACGCUGGAUGUCUUUUCUUGCACCGAGGAGGAGUUUCUGAACGGACUCGCCAUGAUAAAGGAAUUUGCGCUGCGUUCCAAGAUGAAAAUAAUGAAGAGACAGCUGAAAAAGGGUUACGCAAGGAGAAAAAUGGAGGCCAUGCAAGAGGAACUUCUAUUCUACCGAAUUGCGGUGGUGAGAGCCUGCACGACACUGAGGGAAGUAAUAGACCGUGUGAAACGCCGACUCUGUGAAUUACGGCGUGACGAGGCGCUACUCCAUGAGUAUUACCAGGCUCUGGAUACGGAUAUUGAGCGCGGAGAAAGAGAGGUGCUGCCCAAAGAGGGCAGUUAUCAUCUCCGACAGCGAGAGUUGAGGCGCGUCGCGCCGCGUCAGAGGUACCGAGAAGACCGAACAUUUGUGGAAGCACGGCACGAAAAGUUGAAUGCACUCCUGCAUGAACUGGAGGAGGAAGAAAUUGCAAUCCAACGCGUGAAUGAAGAGAAUGGUGCCACUGACUUAGACCGGGAGUACGGCAUUUGUGACCCGAAGCGAGGGAAAUUGGAAGAUAUUUACGACACCACCGCUGGUACUGAGGCUGAGGCAGGUAGCAGCAAUUUGGAGUUGCGCUUGCGGAUACGACCGUUACUGGAGAAAGUACGGGAACUACGCAUUGUGCCCCCUCUGUCGCCCCGCAGUGUCCAAUCAAGAUUGCGAAAAGAACUAUUACUCCCUUUCUCUGCGCGUGUUCUUGCAUUGAAAAUUGAUGACGACAACAACGCUGGGGAAAGAUUUGUGGAAUGGUAUGUUAAUGCUGCCAUUGAUCCCUUGGCAAUGGCACAGCUUGUAGAACUGGUACCGCGUGAGUAUCUUGUAACAACGACCGUACGGCUUGUAAACGCUUGCGAUACAUAUUUGCCCCUGCGACAGACGCAAGCCCUCCCAGAUGUCCUGCAUGUGUUGUUGCAAGCUAUUGCAGAAGGACGUUUUGAUGACCUUGCGUCUCUUGUACUUUCACCUUCAGACUCCUACUUGCAUGCAUUGGAAAGCAGGGAGCAUGCGGGAAUCAUAUUUUAUGCAGCACUGAUAACUGGGCAAAUGGAAGUACUGCGGCAUCUUAUGUCAGUUGGGUUUUACAAUACCAACGCACUCAUUGUGUGGCUCUUUUUGAAUCCCAACCGUCAUGAUCCCAAUUACAUGGCGUACGUCACAGAAAUGAGGUCCAAUAUUAAAAAAUAUAUGCGGAGCGUGGCCCAUCAAGCCCAGGAUAACACAAACGCAGAAUCUCUACGCGGCGAGCUGGAGGAAGACUAUAUGGAUCCAACAUUAGUCACGGAUUCUAUGCAAAACAAUGAAAACUUUCUGUCAGUGAACAGGGACUUGUGCGAGACGCUGCGACGCUUCUUGCAGGAGCGAAUGAGGUGGAAGAAGCAAGUGGUUUCCCGGACCGAUAAAGUGACCAUGGAUACCGACAAGAAUGAGAAGGGAAAAUUAUCUGCAGAGAACCCUCCCGUGACGAAGUUGGAAUUGGAAGAGGACGAAGAUGCGCAGGCAGCGACGCGAGUCGGUUCCUCUUCUGCGGCUUCUGGCGUGUCCUUUUCGCUCAUUCUUGGGAAGAAGCGUUUAGACCGCCUUCAAAUCUCGUCGGUCAAGUGUGCCGUAUUACCAGCCGUUACUACAUCAUUUAUGCGGCGGGUGGACAGGUGGGGGUACACACCUCUAAAGGCAACGGACUCGCAUUUCCUUCUGGUUGGAGACACGUCUACCGCAAAUGCACAUGUCAUACAACUCCCACCACGGCACGCAGACUUAUGGCCCGACGAUGACCCCACAGUAUCACCACACGUAAGAUGGCAACGAGAGAGGAAAGAAGCAGCAGCAAAGGCGCACGGCCUGACUUUCUACUAUGAGGUGCAUGUCUCCUUGAAUUUUCUACUCAGCGGUGUUCCUGUGAGCACGAGCGUCUUCAACGGCUUCUCCGCAUCUUUGGAACGGACUCCGGAAACCAUGCCAGGAUUGCAAACUUCUACUGUUUUUGUUGGGUGGUGCUCAGAGGAAUGUACGUCCGCUGCCGAUGGACGUUCGACGCAUCCUCCCCUUGGAAGUGACCGCAAUUCCAUAGGAAUUUCCUUUGAUAUCUUGCAUCGAUCCAAGGUCAACCAACUUGUGGAAGAAGUCAUCAUACGCCCCAUGAAACAUGAAAGGGGAAGGAACGCCGUUUACCAGGUCUUGGAUGAGGACGCGCAAGAAAAAAAGGAGGUGGAGGACAAGGAGAGGGACUCGGUGGAUUUACCUUUUCCCUUAUUGAGGAUUCUGUUAGAAAACAAUAAUGAAGGCAAUGAUGUUGGAUUUGUAAGUCCCACCAAUGGACCUUUCUCAUCACCAAUAUACGAAGCUUCAGCCUCCGCACAAACUAACGAAACAUUGGAAGAAGCCCACAUGCUGUCGGCAGCGUAUGCUGCAAAGGAAAGCAUUGUUCCCACCGUUGAAGUUUUGAGAAAGAAAGGGAAUGGUUCCACGUCAGACUCAGAAGAAUCAAACUCCAUUCAUUGGAACUUGGCGUUCAGCGGCAAUUCAGUCGUCCUGAGAGGGGUGCCAGUCUAUAAUUCUCAGUCCCUGGUUGUUGGUUGCCACGUGGAUUUUGGUGCCCACAGUGCAUCGUUUACUGUCAACGGAAAGUCUCUUGGGAUUGCCUUCACGACGUUACCAUCGCCGGUUGGUCUCCGACCUGCUGUGAGCCUGCAGGCCUCAAACCGAAUUACGGAGGUCCUCCAGCGCGUAAAACCUUCCGCUGGGGUCAUUGUACGUUUUGUCUUUGAUGAGUCACAUCUGCUGGCUAGCCAAACGGUGACAACAGAGAUGAGAAACACUUUUUUGCUGAAUUCUUCUCCUGCAACGCGGGUGGGAACGCCAGAUGAGUCGGUUGAAACGUGCCGUGAGUUUAUUCCUGGAGUAUUUCCCCUAAAAUUACCCCUGCUCUUUGACGAAAACAUGAUGCACUGUGCGCUUAUUCGGCUUGUCACCUGCGGCGAAAGCGCGCUCCUCAGCGGCCAUGAUAGUCACGAGCUCAUUCAAGCUGAACGAGAGACCCUUUCACUGGGGCACACUCUGCGUGUCACGGCCUCGGGUGUUCGUCAGCUGUUAAAUGCAAAGUCCGAUAAGGAGGAUCUGUUAUUUUUUCCUCCGGUGCUUCUUAAGCGACGCAGUGACGAUACGAAUAAAGGUGCCAUUGGAGUCGCUAUCAUUCCAGAGGAUGUUUCCUUGGUGCCUUUAUGCAUCGCACUCACACAGCGCCAGCGUGUUGCGGCGUAUCGCAUUGCCGUACACCCCUUUACAGAUUUUGUAAGUCAGGACGAUGCAAGUAAACGUCAGAGACGCAUGGCGCUACUCGGUUCCGCAACACUAGGCUAUACGGAGGUUUUGUACGCCCUUCUUGAGCGUAUGUCUAUUUCAGAGACCCUCAAUUCAUUUACACUGAAAAUGGUGGGGAAUGAGCCGGAGUAUUUUUUAACAGCAAAGCAGAUGCGAGUUUUUUCUCCCGGAAACUCUCGACAGUGCACUUCUGCAACCAUGCUGCAUCGCGUUGAGUACACCCCGCUCCAUUGUGCUCUUCUUGAAAAACACCAGGAGUGUGUGCAUCUGCUGCUGUAUUAUCUGAGUCGAUUACUUCCAGCGGAGCAUAAGCGACACGCGGUGAACGUACUAACGCGUAGUGGUGAGACGGCACUUCUUAUGGCAUGCCGAUUUGGCUACACAAAAAUUGCAAUGCGACUUCUUGCAAUGGGAGCUUCACCGUCGAGUUUUGAUCGUGUGACGAGAACGAAUUGUCUGGAACUUGCCUGUGCCAGUCGCAGCGAGGAAAUUGCGGCGGCCCUCUUGCAGACGUCACAUUACCGCUCGCAGGUGGCAGUAAAUUUGGCGGGGGUGGCACCCCCAAUAUGUUGGUGCGCGCUAAACAAUAUCGGAUCCCUCAUACCACCGCUCCUUAAAAAUGGUGCGAAUCUCAACGUGACGCUGGACGGUCUAACGCCGCUGCUUCUGGCCGUCACGUUUGGUAGUCAAGAGGCCGCUCUUAAACUGCUGGAAUGCUGCGAUGCCGUCUCCAAUGUGUCCAACUACAAGAACAGUUCAACUCGCACCAUCCAACAUCGUUCACCUAAAAGAGAAACCUUUCAUGAAGACCCUGCCGAAGAGGGCGAAUCUCGAUUUCUUGCCGUGUUAGACGUUGAUGCAUUGGACCCACUCACACAGAGUAGUGCGCUGCAUCUGGCGUGCGAGCUUGGGCAAUUGGAAGUGACGCGAGGACUCAUUGCGAAGGGGGCCUCAUUGAACCUGCAGAACAAAACAAAGUAUGCAACCCCGCUUCAGGUCGCCAUUAUGAACAGAAAUGAACACCUGGCACUUGAACUCUUGGAGUACGCGAAGGACAAACUUCGGCGUGGUUCCAACGUCCUUGAUAUUUCAGCGAUUGAAAAGAAUGGAAACACCGCCUUGCAUCUUGCCGCACGAGAGGGCAUGCUACAAGUGAUUGAAUACAUCAUUUUUCAGUUUAGCGACGAGGAAAUUACACGAAUUUCCUGCAUUCACAAAUUUUUGAAACGGCCCGAUGCGGUAAAUAUUGUGGAAAAGAAUCGCCAGGGCAUGACACCGCUUCUUGUUGCAAUUCACGCGCAUCAGGAGGCCGCAGCACAACUUAUUGCGUCACUCAUGCCAGAGUCGUUGCCGAACCCGGGUGGGCCAGUGAUUGAUGGCACCUGCGUGGCGAUCCUGUCGAGCGACGCGGAGAGUCUUGACAAUUUAACACUUUACUUCCUUUCACAGCCACGUUACUUUGCCAAUGACGCGUUCCGUGAGGAGUUUUUCACCCGCUACAACGCGAAGCGGCGAGAGAUGGACCUUUGCGAGGAUGGUGCGCCCGCCAAGGUGGAGGGAAUAAAAUCCGUGCUUUAUCAUGACGGGGAGAAGAGAAGACAGCAGAAGAGGAAGGCACGUGAAAUUCAGGAAUCACGGAGGCGGACACGAUAUCAGAAAAAAACGAGCGUCUCUUCAGCACUCCUGUGGCGGACGAGUCUCACGCCAGAAUCGUAUGCAGGGAAGUUGGGCGACCAAACCGGUACACAAAAAGCACCGCCGUCACGCCGUCGCAGCACGCUACACACCCGGAUAUCACGGACAGGAAGGCAUCGACGAAGAAGUACAUUUGUGCAGAUGUUGCUUGCCAAAGGGGGAAGUGGUUUCACCACAUUGGCAUCUAUACGUAUUUUGGAACAAGGAUUUCCGCUUGAGGAAGUGUACGUCAUGGCGGACAUCAUCUCCACCGAGACCACGCACUCGUCACAAACUGUGAGUGCCAUGCAGCAUGUGGAAACACUCAUAUCUUUUUUGCGUGAAUAUGGUGGAGUACGCAUUGCCACGGGCGAUGCUGUUGUAUUUUCUCGACAACUUCUUGCCACUCCGUCCUUGGAGAGAAUGAUGGACUCGGACCAGUUAGAGAAUGCCAAAAAGCGCUUGGCGGAGAUGCGUCCGCUUUGCAGAGACUUGAUGUCUAUUAUACGCUCCUAUGGGCAGCGCGCAGACUGUGUGGAAGACUUGCGCCACAUGGUUGAACAACACGGCGUUAUUGGUACCGCUUUUGUGGAAGAAGUUACAAGCCCUUUUGGGUUCACGGUACUUCAGCUGGCUGCCACCCUGGGUCUAUCGCAUGUAUGUGACUUUUUUCUGAAUGAAUAUGAGAUGAGUCCAUUGUAUGUACCGGCAACAGGCAGCAUUCCUUGCAGCGAAAGCAAGUGGUUUCUGUCGCCGUUUCGUCUCGCAUUGCGCUCUGCCGAUGUGGACACGGUUUCGGUAUUUCUCUCUCUUGGCCUUCGAUUGGGUUCCAUACAGGAGAUACUGGAGCACAAGGAGCUUCCAAAGGCGGAAGAACUGCAACAGACGGCAAUUCAGGAACUCAUUUGCCAGCCAGUUGAUACGCUCCCCGCUGGAACUACCAUUGACACACUGCACAUUUUGCGUCUGCUUCUUCAGAGCGGGGCCGUUUUGCAGGGCAAUUUUGAUGCCGAGGGAAACGAUGCAUGGAUGCUUGCUGUGCGUGCGUGUCCUGGAAAAGGCACGAAGCUUCAGGUCUUUUUGGAUGAGCAGGUACCGCUCGGUGAAGAGGAAGAAGACGAUGUAGUGGAGGAGGAAAGCUCGCAGGAAGUCACAAGACAAAGUUCGCUAUUCAUGAAACGUGACUCAGUGCAACGAGGAGAAAGCAACAGCGGCAUGUGGACAACGAUUUCGCCGGAUGCCAAGGAAGGCCUGAAGUUGCCACUUGCGGUCCCAUUUGUUGAAGCAAUUGCGACAUCUUCUUGGAUGGACUCCCCCUUUAGAUUGGAGGGUGCUCUCGAAUUCCCACGCAUGAGCCCAAAGAAAAGGGUAUACUACACCCAACUGGUCUUUCUGUGUGCUGAAUAUAACCCGCAGAGUCUCAUCGCACUGCUGGAACAGUACUCAUAUGUUCUUUCUCCCUCCGUCAUUCACCCUGUGACGGGUGAUACUCUGCCGAUUUUCCUCCUGCGCAGGGCGGUCCACAUCUACUCAGUGGAGUGCGGCAGUCAUGCCUUUUUUCAGGGAAACGCAAGCUUGGGGGAGCUUUUUUUUUCCACGCGUUGUUUUUCGUUGGAUGUGGAUGUGAGUACACGGGUUUCCGAAAAAGAUCCCGCGCCGUACCGUGACCCAAUCACCAUCCCUGCUGUUCGUCGCCUAUUAUUGGUCGUGGAACGAUUGCUGCGAAAAUUUCGCUUUGAUAAUUUGUACUAUGAGGACAGUGAUGGGCAAACCGCGUUGUCAUUGGCCGCACGGUUAAGCUACACCAAUAUUGUCUCACUAAUAGUGCAGCAGCGGGUUUCACGGACCGCGGGUGGUGCGGGUGCGCGGAAUGGCGGGGAGGAGGAAUUUAGCUCUAUCAGUCGUUUAAAUACGGCCAAUGCAAGCUCCGACAGGUGUGCAAUAAAUGAAGAUCUCGUAAGAAAUUUGGAGGCCUCCUCCUGUUGGGCUAUACUCGCUACACGUCUCUACUACGCGGAAGAAGAAAUGGAUUUGCUCCUUGCCAUUCUCAGACAUCUUCCAGCGGCGUCCACAAAGUUUUCAUUCCUUUCGAUGGUUUACUCCAACCUACAUCCCAUCGUGGCUCUACGAGUUGCAGUGCUUUACGCAAAUGACGUGAAGCAUAUUCUCAUGCAGCCAGAAGCCAUCAAUGCUUUCUGGUCCAAUGUUCUUUAUGCCCAGUUUGUGGGCCGACUUGAGGAGGUGACUGUGACGCCAGCAGAGUGGACUUCGCUUUUGAGUGUGCUGCUUCCCGCCGCCUCGGCCAUUCCAAUCUAUUUGAUUAAAUCCACUCCACUGCUGCCAAUGAGUUCAGCGUCCGAUAUUUCGUCCCCAACAACGCAAUCCCCUCUUAGUUUUACCGAUAUUGGAACGUCUUCACCGGUGAAAAAUGAAAAGACAGAGACAUCUCCCAGCUACAACUGGAGAUUUAUUGUAAAAAAGACAAGACAGUACGUUCGUCAGCUUGCAGCAGCAGCGGUUUGUGUGGUGUCACCACCAUCUGCCAUUGCGGCGGCUUAUGGUGGUGGGGCAAUUCCAAGUUCUCAGCGUCACGUGCUUACAAUCAUGUCGAGUCAUUUUCAUGAGUUAAUUGAAUUGGCCGUACGCUUCGAUAACUCUGCUAUGCUGAUGGAUCUCAUGAGCUUGUCUCCAGCAGAGCUACAAGCCUGUGUCAAACAUGAAUGGCGUUACUUAAUGGAAAAGUAUCACAUUGGUGUAAUUGCUAUUGCCGCAGGCAGCAUUAAUGUAUUGAAAGCUAUUUCUGAUGUUCCCGACGCGGCUGCACUCUUAAGUGCUGAGCAAUAUGAACGCAUUGACCCCAAUACUGGGCUUUCGGAAGAUGCGGGAGUGGCGGACGAGGCGGCCCCAGAAAACCAAAACACAUAUACAGGGACCUUUUCUAUUCGUGGAACACCACCGCCAAUACGUGGGGAUCGAAAGAAUAGUACGUUUGGCAUUCACGCAGCACGUAAAACCCCCAAUAAAAUAGCUGGUUUGAACGAAAAUAAAGGGAAUACCAAGAAGGCAAGGGAAAACAAGAGUGCAAUGGUGAAUAUCCUUGCACUCGAUGCAAAGACGCCUGAUCCGGGUGUGGAAGGGGAAAAGGGCGAUGUUGACAAGACUGAAACCAACCUAAGGUACAUGGAUGUGAUGACGGCGGCUCGCGAACGACAAACGGCUUCGGCGGUAACAUGGGGCAUUGGUCCAGCCGCACGACCCGUAUCAUUGCAAGAAAGAACAAAAUCAAUUGAUCGUACGGCGUCCCACACACAGGCCUCUGCUUCAUUUUCUACGCGAAAGAAAAUGAGUGACGGCACAACGGACAUCGGGGCUCCUUUACGAUCACACGCGCAGCGAGGCACAGAAAGUACGCUCUCUACGGCGUCCGUGCAACGAAAGACACUCAGAAAAUCUGUCUCGCUGGAAGGGACAAAAAGCCUCAACUUGUCGCUGCGCCAAGGGGGAACGCCGUUUGAGACAACACCCCCGCCUCUGCCACCACGGUACUUUGCGUAUUAUUUGUGUGACUGGGCGCUUCACACGACCCUUCUCCUGCACGCACCGCGGCCGUCGAGUCGGACGAUUGAUACCCUGCUUUACCUUAUGGAUCAAAGGGCCCCCCUCACAACUUCGGCAGUACAACUCUUCUUGGCAGCCUCCCGACCUCUGAAUUGCUGGGAAUCAAGUGACGGCGAAAUGAUCACACUCAACUACGUGACACGCAAAAAUAAAGACACAAUACUACACAUUCUGGUACAGAAUGGCCAGCUUCGACUUACCCGAUAUUUUUUAGCGGCCGCCUUGUUUUACUUCACAUACUAUCAAUAUGAUCCACCGAGUACGAUGCCACCAAAUUUUGCAUUGAUAGAUAUGCCAAAACUACCGCAGAAAACUCUUUCCCCAGAGUUGCGCGGAGCAAUGAAAACUGGAGACGUGGAUGCAUUGGAUGAUGAUGAAUCACACCCGGCCGUUUUCUUACGCAGCAUGUUGCGAAUGAAUAAGCAUGGCCUUACACCUUUUGACUACGCCCGCGGGCCAAUGGUGUCACUACUCAUGGAAUACGGUUGCGUCCCGCCUACAUACCGCCCGAAUCCCCGUGGAUUUUGCCGCGCAAUCCGAUUGCCCUUUCCCGCUUCAUCUUUCUACUCCGUCCCUCGAAUCCUAUUGGUUUCUAUGAACUUUAUUGAGCUUCAUGACGAGGGAAUACCAAAACCACGAAACCACAUUGCAGAACUUUUGGCAAAAGAAGUCGCCGAUGCCACGUUGGUCAGAAAUCAGGCGGCUAGUCAACGUACGACGAGAACGGCUUUCCUACCGCCGCUUCUUUCAGGCAACGUGAGUCUCCUGCAUCUGGGAUUGUGUUCUGCUGAUGACGAACUUGUGUUGCAGCACAUCAAUGAAAAGCGUAGGCAACAAUUGCGAAUUCUUCUUUUGUCGCAAAUGCCGCGGACUUCACCAACCCCGUACAUGAUGACGCAGAUGUCGACUUCUACUUUGGGAUACCAGCGACAGGAUAAACUGGUACAUUCUUCCGUCUCUGGAACGAAGGAUUUAAACGGGCAAAAAUCCUCCGCAACACGUGGAAAGGACGAAAAGGAACUUUCAAAAGCGUUGAAGCUUGUGGAUACUCUUUGCGAUUGUGGCUUUGUUUUAUUUCCCCUUGUUCUUCCUUUGGACGUUGAGGCAAGUCAAAUAAUUGAAGAGGACGCGGUAAAUGAAGGCACGGCAAUUCUUCUCACCAUGACCCCUAUGGCACUUGCAGUGAGUGCAGGCGUCGUGAAGAAGGAUGAACAUUCCCAGAGUAGUUCUCCCAUGAUGAAACGGUCGCUGAAAUCCCCCGAUAUUUUUCGAAGAGCUUCUAAGGAUGGGACUGCAGCCGUUCCGCCACGUUUCACACCAGCUCCAGGGAAGAACCGUCUGCCUGCAGACACUCUCGAUGCGUGGGUAGCCUCCCGCCGUUUGGCAAGGUCAAACGCAUCUGGAAAGGACCCGCACAUGCAUCUGCUGGUUAGGGCGAUUGGAAGUGGUCUUGUCGGGAGGACGAUUCACCACCUCGGUCUUUCUACAGCUCCGUCUUACGAGUCGCACAAGUAG